CUGCUUGUCAUACUUGUUAUGCGUGCGGAAACACGAGAGGAGAAUGGACACGAAGGAAACAAGUCGCUGAAGAAAUGUUGCUAUAAUUAUGGGGCUCUUUUCUUGUUUUUCAGGGCCACCAGAGUCAGGACUGCGACUGACAGGGCCUCAAAAUGUCGCCCACACAACGAGUACAGUCCCCGAUGCUAACGUUAUUCAGCCCGUUGAGAAGUUUAUUGACGCUGCACGUACAACGGCGCCAGUGCCAGCGCCCCCGCUAGCGCCCGCGCAUGCGCCCUGGCGAUCGAAUGAGGAGCUGGCGGCCAUCGCUGUGCGGGUUGCCGAUGUCUCGACACACACAUGGCCAGAGCGAGCGCGGCAGACGUCUGCGGACCUUGCAGACGCGCUGGGCGCAUCCCUUGUCAGCAUUUGGGGCAUCACAAGCGAUCGCUCUUCGGCAGUCGUGCUAGCUUCCGGGGGCCGCUUGCAUCCAGCACUCCCGCACGGAUACACGGUUGCAUUCGCCGCGCUAGUUGGCGAGGGGGCGGCUGCCACGAGUCUGCAAAUGCUGGCGUCCACGGAGGCCUUCCAGUUGUGGAGUUUUGUGGCCGCAGCCGACCCCAGCGCAUCUGGCGAGACUCGGCCGCAUGCAGCCGCUGCGGCGACAUCUCAGUCCUCGCCGCCGCGGGACUUCGCGGACCUGCAGCAGCUGCGGGCGGCCUGCGGCGUUGCGCACUGCGCGCUGCUGCCGCUCCGAGUGGGCGGCAGGCUGGGCGGCGCACUGCUCAUUUGCCUGGGCGGCCCCGCCAACCCCCCGCCCGGUUCCAUCAAGCCCCCUGGGGCGUCCGGCUCCGCAGCCGUGGCCUCCAGCGCAGUGGCUACCGGGGAACAGCAGGGGCCUGCGACCAUCCCCGCCGGGGCGGACCCGCCCAACUGGCUGCCGCACCACCUGCCGGAGCUGAGUCUGCUGGGCGCUGCUGUGUGCGGCGCCGUGUCUGGGCCCUACCCGCGCGAGGUGCAGUGCGCGCUGUUGGACCUGGUGGCGGCGUUGAGCCGCUGCGAGUCCAUCAACGCGCUCAUCAGCGCCGUGGUGGCGGGCCUGGCGGACCUGACCACCCGCGUCACCUGCGGCAUGGCCUUCACCGUCACGCCGCUGCUGACGCACCGCACAGGCGCCACAGCGGCCAUCUUUCAGGACGGCAGCUGGCGGGAGGGCAACACCCGGGGAGAUGUGGAGCGGGACAUGAAGAAGGCGGGUUCCGGGGCCAACCUGCCCUCCGGCGCGGCAGCAGGGCCGACAGCGCCCAAUGGGGAAGCCAGCGCCAGCCCCAGCACCCACACCAGCCCCAUGCCGGAGCCCAGCCGCACGCUGCGCGCGCACGUGACGCAUCUGAACCACACGCUCAUGCUACAGCUUAUCACGGGGGUGGACAAGAGCCGGUAUCGCAAGCUGUACAGCGGCGCCAUUAUCACCAACUGCAGCGAGCACGUGCAGGACGAGACGAAUCGUGGGCGCGACGUAUCUCUGUGCCACCGUGUGGGUGUGGCGGACACGGGCAGCCUGGUGGCGGCGGCGGGGCUGCUGCCGGGCGGCGGGCCACUGCUGUGCGCCUACCUUACUAGUCGCGAGCCGCUACCGGAGCCGCUGCUGGAGGCGGCGCUGGCGGUGGUGCACACGGCGCUGCAGCUGUGCCUGUAUUCGGUGCACUCGCUGCUGAGCGGGCCGGGCGAGGUGGGCGAGGAGUGGUCCACGCUGCACGAUGUGCACCUGCACCCCUCCUCCGUGGCCGUGUCCACCACCUGCACGCCGCGCUCGCUGGUGCGCUCCGGCACUGGGCCGCACUUGGCCAUGCCGCACGCCGCCUCCGUGCCCUCCGCCUCGCCCGCCUGCAUGGCGCCCGAAGAGCUGGGUGCAAUGACCAACGGCAACUCCACGUCUGCCACGCGGCGGCAGCUGUCGUUCAGCAUCGCCAGCACCAGCACCGCCGCCCCGCCGCGCUCCAACCUGGGGAUGAUGGUGUCGUCCAUACGCAGCAGCCUCAACGCGGUGCUGUCGCAGCGCGCCGUGCUGGAGGCCGAGGGCCUGCAGGACGACGUGAACGGCGUGGAGCUGUUGAAACAGAUCGGGCAGGGCGGCCAGGGGGUGGUGUUCUGCGGCACACUGCACGGACUGGAGGUGGCCAUCAAGGUGGUGGGCACGGAGGAGGGCGCUGACGAGGUGUAUGACAUCGACGACGAGGGCGCCAUGAUAAAGCUCAAGCGGGUGCUCAAGCGCGACGCCACCGAGCUGGCCGUCACCACCUCCAUCAGCCACCCUAACAUUGUGCAGGUGUUCAGCUACUUUGUGGAUGUGAUGGUGGUGGAGUACGUGGGCCAGCCCGACCGCUUCAAGCUGCUGCCCAAGGCCAAGGGGCACGCAGCCAGCGGCGCGGACGGCGGCGUGGGCGUGACUGGCCCUUCCAACAUGAUCAUAUGCAUGGAGUACUGCGAUGCGGGGAGCCUCAAGCACGCAGUGAAGCGCAGCUGCUUCCGCACCGAGGCCGGCGGCGGCUCCCGACCAAACCUCACGGCGCUGUACACGACGCUGAUGGAGAUCGCUCUGGCGCUGCGGCACCUGCACGCGCUGCGCCUGGUGCACUGCGACCUGAAGCCGUCCAACAUCCUGCUCAAGAGCUCCAUGCGCGACCCGCGCGGCUGGGUGUGCAAGCUGUCGGACUUUGGCUGCGUGCGGCUGAUGUCAGAGCCGGCGCCCGGGCAGCGGCCCUCCUUCAACCUGGAGUACGCGGUGGGCACGCCCUCCUUCAUGGCGCCCGAGAUGUUCUGCAAGGGACACCCGCUGGACGCGGCGGUGGACGUGUACAGCUUCGGCAUCCUGAUGUACGAGGUGUACACUGGCAGCACCGUGUACGACGGCGUGCCGCCCGACAAGCUGCCCUACCACGUGGUGAAGCGCGGGCUGCGGCCGGCCUUCCCGCCCGACACACCCAGCGCCUUCAGGUCGCUGGCGCAGGCGUGCUGGGCGAGUGAUCCCCGCAGCCGCCCCACCGCGGCGGCACUGGUGACUGUGCUGCAGCGGCUGCUGUCUUCUUCCGCCAACAUGCCGCAGGGCAUCUAAGUUUUCGUUGCAUAUUUUAUUCCUCGACUGCCAAGCCGCCAGUAAUGAUAUUUGCAUUGGGUAUGUCGAAAUGGUCUUAAAUUCGGCAGUGGGCUCUGCACAAAAGAAGGGGUGUGAGGGGACAGGGCAAGGGGGGCAAGGGGCAGGUUGGCGUAGUCCCGAAGGGCAGCGUAUCCCAGACCCAAACAUACAACAGUAAUUUUGUGACGGUAAGGCGUGAGAACGCGAUUGGUCGAAAGCGGAGUUACUGUACCAAUGCGGCGCUGACUUGCUGGUAGGCUGGUAGCUUGCUGAUGCGCAUUCCUCACCCUCCGGGCGCCCGGCCAGGCGAUAGCACCAGACAUACACAUUACACACCGCAACGCCACACUCGGGACGCAGAGUCGCCGCGCACCUGCAGGCAGGCGACCAGCCGCUGACCAGCGUCCACGGAUGGGAGUGCAGCAAAGCAAUGGUUGGGCGACAGUGUGGCAAGCAGGGGCAAAAACAGGGCUCGGCAAGGCAGCAGAGGGAGCCCAAUGGUACGGCUGCGUGGCAGGCGAGUCGAAUGCGAGUGUGAGACAAACACAACCGGAGUAUGAAGAAGCGCCGCGGGUUGGCAUUAGGAUGCCGUGACUGAUGGUCGGGGUGGACCGGUGGAGCAGCACCGCGCGCCCUCAGGACCGAAUGCGGUUAGCGAAAGGGUUGCUAGUGUCGCACGCUGGUGUUGGCUGGUGGCUCUAAGUUGUGAAUACGGUAUGCAAACAAGAAAGUAGUGGCAAGGUCUGUAGCAGGGGCCUGGUCAGUGCGCCAAGGCGUUGGGAGCCCGGGCCUGCCCGGCGGGCUCACGAAGAGCUCCCCGGGGGCACAGAGGCACGCGUGUCUUCACGGCACUGCAACAC